AUGCAUGUUGGAUUAGACUUUUGCAAAAGAUACUCUACACUUGAUCUUGUUGGGUAUGUAGACUCUAAUUUUGCAGAAGCUAAAUAUGUGGCAGUGACUGAUGCAUUUAAGGAGGCAAUAUGGUUGCAAGAGAUUUUGAAAGAAGCAAGUUUGAUGGAUGGACUUGUGACUGUGUAUUCUGACAGUCAAAAUGCCAUUCAUCUAAGUAAAAACCUUGUAUAUCAUGAGAGGACGAAGCACGUAGAUGUGAAGUAUCAUUUUGUCCGAGACCAAAUCACUAAAGGGAAUUUGAAUCUGCUGAAAAUACCAACUGAAAAGAACCCAGCUAAUAUGGGAACAAAAGUGGUAACUCUUGCAAGGAAUAUGGGUUUGGAGAUGCGUAAUAUUGCCGCCAGUAAAGAUGAGGACCAGAGCAAAGAUUUGCUAAUUGAUAUCUCUGAAGAAAACUUAUCAGAUCCUGAGCCUGCUCUUGAGUGUUAUAUUUGCAGGGUUCCUAAAAGCAUUCGCAGAAUAAAUGAAGAAGCCUACACUCCUCAGUUAGUUUCAAUAGGUCCUCUUCACCACAGUAAAGAAGAAUUAGCUUUCAUGGAAAGACAGAAAAUAAGGUAUAUGGAAAGUUUUCUCAAGUGAAUAACAGUUGAGAAAUGUGACGAACUUUUAAGCUUCAUAGAAAACAACGAACAACGAAUUCGUAAUUGUUAUGCAGAGAUCAUAAAAAUGGAGAGUGAUGCGUUUAUAACCAUGAUUCAACAUGAUGCUAUCUUCGUCCUCGAGCUUUUUCUAAGGAGUUACCAUAACGAUAGAAGUGACAAUUUUUUGUUAAAGAUUCCAACAACAAGGUUUGCCCUAAAGAUGGAUUUGCAGCUACUAGAAAAUCAACUUCCAUUCUUUGUCCUCGAGGAAUUAUACAAUCUAGCUUUUGAAACUCCUACCUUCAGGGAUCUUUCUCAUAAAUUCUUAUGUUUAUCCAAUACCUUACCCGCUGAGAUGGUGGUUAAACAUUUCACCGAUUUGAGAAGAAGUACUCUCUUCAGAAAUUUCCCACGGAGAAAGGAGUUAAAGCAAGGGUCCAUUUCAGAUUUACCUUGUGUAGUAAAGUUGCACGAGUCGGGAGUGAAGUUUAAGGGUAUUACAGGAACAUCGUUACUCGACAUAAGAUUUGAGAAGCGAAAGCGGCUGAUUUCACACUUUGAAGUUCAUGAAUUGCAAAUACCUCAUUUGGUAGUGGCUGAUUAUGGGACAAAACGUUUGCUUCGAAAUAUAAUGGCUUUGGAGCAAUGUCAUUAUCCAUCGAAUACUCGAGUUUGCAACUAUGUGAGAAUAAUGGAUUAUCUUAUUAAUAGUGAGAAAGAUGUGGAUUUGCUUGUUGGAAAGGGGAUAAUUAGAAAUCGUUUGGGAAAUAAUAUUUCUGUAGUGAAUUUGUUCAACAAACUUAGCUUACAAAUUCAUAGAAGUAGGUCAUGUUAUUAUAAAACCAGCAUGGAAUUGAAAGCACACUAUAACAAUCCUUGGAAUCAUACCAAAGCAACGUUAAAAAGUGUGUACUUCAAGAAUCUUUGGCGAGGCACCGCCACUGUUACAGCAGCUGGGAUUUCGUUGCUCACUCUCAUGUAA